AUGGCCGCGCCAGGCUCUGCGCUGCGGCGCACAGCGCUCGUUUCUUCGUCGCUACUAAGGACGAGAGUGGUCCCCGCUGCCCGAACUCAGGCCACACACACCCUUCGUGCCGACCGCCGUCCUGCCCUAUCCUCACUUGUACCGAUGCCACGCUCCCUCGCCCAAACCCGACACAGCUCUUACUCCGCGCCAACACCGGGUGGAAAUGGAAAAGCGCGAAAGAAAGUUACUAUCCAGACGCUUCAGAACAUGCACAAAAAGGGGGAGCCAAUCACGAUGCUCACGGCGCAUGACUUUCCCAGUGCUCAUGUGGCCGAUGCGUCGGGGAUGGAUAUGGUCUUGGUCGGGGAUAGUUUAGGAAUGGUAGCUCUUGGACUGGAAAACACGACGGAGGUCGUUAUCGAAGAGAUGAUCCUUCAUUGUCGGAGCGUAGCGCGGGCUACCAAAGCCGCGUUCAUUAUCGGGGAUUUGCCGAUGGGGUCAUAUGAAGUGAGCGCAGAGCAAGCAAUCGAGUCAGCCCUGCGCCUGGUUAAGGAAGGCCGCGUACACGGGGUCAAGCUCGAAGGCGGCGAGGAACUCGCACCCACAAUCAAGCGAAUCGCACAAGCUGGCGUUCCAGUGAUAGGCCAUGUUGGUCUUACGCCGCAGCGUCAGAAUGCCCUCGGCGGCUUCCGUGUACAGGGGAAAACAGCUGCCAGCGCGAUGAGGCUGCUCCGGGAUGCGCUUGCUAUGCAAGAGGCUGGCGUGUUCAUGCUUGUCCUCGAAGCUAUGCCCUCGGAGGUUGCAUCGAUCAUCACGCAGAAACUGCGGAUCCCGACUAUCGGUAUCGGUUCUGGAAAUGGCUGCUCCGGGCAGGUUCUUGUGCAGGUUGACAUGUCUGGGAAUUUCCAGCCUGGUCGGUUUGUGCCAAAGUUUGUUAAGCAGUAUGCGGAUGUUUGGGAUGAGGCUGCCCGUGGCAUUUCGCUGUAUCGAGAUGAAGUCAAGAGUCGGGCGUUCCCUUCUGAGGAAUACACGUAUCCCAUUGCGAAGGAUGAGCUCGAUCAGUUCCGGAAGACGGUGGACGAGGUCUUCCGGGAAUCAUGA